ACAGCCACCAGUGCCACCACCACCACUAUCGACUUCUCAUUCUGCUUCAGCUUCCACACGUCCAUCGUGCACAGCUCCCACCAUGGCCAACAUAAAUUGGCGGACGAUAAACAUCGACGCCUUGGAUCCUGACAGCCCCGCCAACUUCGACCUUAGCUCCCUCACCCCCGCCGUCGCGCCCGUGUCCACCAGCGAUGUCCAGAACAUUUCCCAGCAAAUACGGCAGCUUCUAAGAGGGGGCGAGAAUGAGGGUGCUCUGCAGGGCGCGCUGGAGAACCCGCCCUAUGGGGCUGACGAGAAGGGCAAGGAGAUCCACCUUGCGACCGUAAUCGAAAUCCUACAGUCUAUACGGCAGUCAGACAUGUCACCAAUACUCAGCCGGAUAUACAGUGCGCAAGGUGGAACAGAGGCAUUGGACGUACUGAUGAAGUAUAUCUACAAAGGCAUGGCACAGGCGUCACCAGCAAACAACACGCGCAACAUCACGCCCCAGGCCACCGGCUUCUCACAGGUUCAUACUCGCGGAGGAGGAGAAGGCGGCGGCCAGGCCAUGAGUGUGUUGCUCAGCUGGCAUGAAAAGCUUGUUGAGAUAGCUGGCCCGGGUUCCAUCGUCAGGGUCAUGACAGAUCGUCGUACGGUUUGAGUAAGUGGUUGCAAUUGCGGCCACCCGGAUCGCAUCCGAAUAAGCAGGUCGCUAGCUCAUAGCGAAACUAGCAGCCACGUACAAUGAGGCGACGCUAUCCAAAAGCAAAUUUACCAAUGACACACAAUCCGCAUGGCUCUUCGCUUUCCUACCUCUUUAUUAGCUCCAACUUACCGGUGAGGGUUUAGCACCAGUCGACUCUGACUCAGGCCUCGACACGGAGUAAUAGAACACACGAACAUGAUUAUGAGCCUC